AUGAUCAUUUUAUAUGGAUUCAACGUGUUGUUAACAGAUGUGUUUAAAAUUAAAUUCCCAUGCUCAGUAUUGGGUUUAUUGAUUAAUUUAGUAUGGUUAUGUGUGCUAAGUAUCAUUGCCGAUAUGAGCCAUAAUGAAAAUGAAAAUAAAUACAAAACACACUUGCGAACUGGUGCCAGUUGGGUGUUGACCAAUUACUUAACAUUGAUCAAACCGUCAAUGAAUUUUACACUUAAAUGGAUCAAUGUGUUUUUUAUACCUUCAUUUAUCAUCUUGCCCUUAUCAGAUCCAAUUACAUUUAUUGAGUGUUUGAAGAUUGCCGGUGUAUUUGUGGUUGGUAUGAUUAUCUUGGUUUUGCUUGAUGUUUACUUUAUUGCAUUUUUGAAAAUGUCCCUUGGCAAAUUAGGGAUUUUCAAAGAAGAAAAGGAAUUUAUCGAAAAGGAGGAGAGCUUGGAAUUACAAAGUAUCGAGAAUGUUGAGAGCAUUUUUAGUAGACAGGGCUCUAACUUGUUCACAAGCAUGCGCGAUGACAUUACAACAAUUGAUCUCAAUAGAUUAAAGUCUGUACAUAAGAUCCAGACAGCACCACCAACAAUAGCAGCUUCAGCCGUGCUUCAUGAGAACCCAUUUGAACACAAAGUGCAACUUUCAGAACCAGAACCAAUAUACAACAAAGACCAUGUUGCACCAUUGCAACAGCAUUACUCAACUACUGAAAUACAACAAACCAAACCCGCUGUGCUGGCACCAAGCUUUGUACCAUCUACACCGAUAUCCACACAACCUCAUACUGAAGCCCGAAUACUGUCUUCAUUACCGUCAUCGUCAUCAUCUGCUCUAUCAGCUACAGUUGCAUACGAUCAAUUUGUCGAAAAACCUACUGAACUAUCACCCAUUACUGUACUUGUUUCGAAAUAUAUCGACUGGAUACUAUACACGACGUUAUUUAUCAUUUCACUUCCAUUUUAUUACAUUUCAACAAUACAUACUUUUCUUCCUUACCAUCUUGGAGUCACAGUUAUCGCAUAUUAUAUUGCUUUGCUCAUACCACAACAUUAUCCACAGACCAAGAAAUUUGCUCAUCCGAUCUUGGUUUCCACUGCAAUCAUCCUCUUUGUUUGCUUCAUUGGUUCAUUAAUAUAUCAUCACAAUCCAAAGGGAUUUCUUGAGGAUUUAAAAUUUUACAAGACAGGUAAAAACUAUUUGAAUUUGUUCAGCAACAAAACCAUGAACGAUAACUCAAAAUCCACUACUCCUCCAACAGAUGACUUCACAUCAACGCCACAAUGGCCCGGGUGUGGAGAUUUCCUUUCUUCUCUAAUGGAUGUGCUGAUUGUAGCACUUUCACUACCAAUGUUUACCCAUAGACGAGAUUUCAUCAAGAACUUUUGGAUCUUGAUGCCGACAAUUUUGAUCAGUGUUGCUGCUACAUUUUUCAUUUACCCGAUUUUCUGUCACACCAUUGGUAUUCAAGCAGAGAGGUCAAUAGGGUUUAUCGGUCGAUCGGUGACGUUAGCGCUAGGUACACCAUUGAUCAACGCUCUAGGAGGUUCAGUAUCCUUGAUGGCAGUGUGUACUAUAUUGUCGGGUAUCAUUGGUGUCUUGAUCAACGAGCCCUUGUUUAAAGUGCUUCGUGUCGCGAAACAAGAUUACUUGACUAGAGGUGUCACAUUGGGCAUCAAUUGUGGCGCAAUUGCAACUGCCCAUUUGUUGAAUGUUGAUCCAAGAGCAGCCUCAAUGAGCUCGUUGAGUUUUAGUGUAUUUGGAACCGUGAUGGUGAUUAUGGCUGCUAUAGGUGCUAUACGGGACUUGAUCCAUUCCUGGGUGGGCCUUUCUUAA